AUGCAGCUGUGGAGGGAAUGUCAGUUCGCGAUUUCUAUUGCAAAGGUCAACCAGCAACAGCCGAAGAAAUUAUUCAGCAUGCGUUUAACUAACGUCCUCUGUAUUAUGCUCGGGAUGGUCAUCCUGAUUGUUGCAAGUGAUGCAAUCAAGACUGCAAACGAGGAGGCGAACGAUACCCCGGACUUACUGAAUGAGGAACGAUUGGGACGUGGAGGGCCAGCGAACGGGAAUGACUCCACGUACACGAAAACAUGGACGAAUUUCAAGGCAUGGUUAAAGAAAACGCUCUUCUUCUGGAGAAAACAUGAAGCACGUCGGCUCCGCAACUGA